AGGCCGGACGAGCCCCACUUUCGGGGGCCCCCUCGCCCCUCUGUGAAGCGCUGGAGCGUUUCGGGUCGCAGACCCCUGCGCAGGUCCCCAGCCUCUCUUCCGCUGCUGCUCUCCGUCUCUCCUCUCCCUCUCAGUGGAAGCAGCCGCAGCCGGGCGCUUGGCGGGGCGUCCGCGGGGAAUCCGUGCGCUGCGGGGCAGCUCGGCCGCGCUUUACCUGCUCUGCUCGCAGGCGAGGACCCGCAAGGAGGCGUGGGUGCUCCGCACGGUCCGCUCGGAAACGCUUUGUGCUGCUGCUACCUUCCAAAGCAGCCUCUGCCGCUUUGGAGAGGCUCUGGAGAUGCCUCUACCCCUCGGGUGAUCCCCUCAGUAGCCAGCUCGCCAUCGCUGGGAGCUUUUCCUGGUUCUCUGUCUCCCAAUAUUCCUUAGACAAUCUGUUGUGCAUUUUGGUUUCUCAUCUGGCGAGCAGGGAAUAGUCUGCGCAGAGCUUUCCUCUGUCCUGGGGGAGAAGUUCCACGAGUCCCCUGUCCCCAGCACAAGUGCGGGCCCGUGGUGGCGGAGAGCAGGGUUCCCUGGCCCACACUGGGGUCGCAGAACCAAGGGCCGCUCCUGCGUAAUGCCGGCGGUGUGCACCCUGGCUGGUAUUAGGGUGGACUUCCUGUUUCUCCAGCAGCCGUAGCCGCCGA